GGGCGUGAUAACCCUACAACCUUCCAAGUCUAUGUGAUUGUCUCUGUAUUUAAAACACUAGACAUACAACCAUCAAUUUUGAAGUUCUGUGUUUUUAUUUGGUUCUCUUUGGUUUCCUGCGAAGGGAAGCUUCAUUUGAAUUUGGUUGAUGGCCUGGAAACAGGCCCGGUGCCAGGAUUUUGAAAAUUGGUUUGAUAUCACAGCUAUUUAUGCUACCUAAUUCACGGAAACGAAAGAAAGGGAAUGACGAUGAGCAGCAGAUAAUGCUGUUUUAUUGCAUCCCGAUGAAUACCAAUCCAAACUCAUACAAUGUCAUCCAUAGCUCAUCUCAAUCAAAACAUCAAAACACUGUCUACUCAAGGUCACUUGAAGGAGGCUAUUCAUAUUCUUCUUACAGCCCACGACCUUCCUGUACACUCUUCUACAUAUAUUCAUCUGUUGCAGGCAUGCAUUGAAAAUAAAGCCCUAUCAGAGGGUAAGAAAGUUCAUUUUCACAUCAAUGACAGAGGUGUUACAUUUGCCACCCACAGUUUUUUACAAAAUAAACUCAUCAACAUGUAUGACAAGUGCGGAAGCUUGGUGGACGCCCGCAGUGUUUUCGACAACAUGACCGAAACAAACGUCUUCUCAUGGAAUAUGAUCAUUUCAGCUUAUAAAAGGCACGGUGUUCCUCAUCAGGCGUUCACACUAUUUUACCAAAUGCAACGAACAGCUGUAAAACCCGAUCACUUUACCUUAUCCACCGUUCUCCCUGUAUGCGCGAACGUGGCAACUCUAAAUCAUGGUUUUCAGAUCCAUGGAAAGGCCAUUAGAUGUGGAUUUCACUUUCAUGAUUUUGUGAUGAAUACCCUUAUAGAUAUGUAUGCAAAAUGUGGAAGAAUUGAGAAGGCGCGCGAAUUGUUUGACAGAAUGCCUAAUGCAAACGUGGUCUCAUGGAAUGCAAUGAUUACAGGGUAUGCACAAAAUGGCGUUCUUGAUGAACUUUUAAGACUUUUUGAAGAUAUACCCCAAAAGAACGUUGUUUCGUGGACUGCAGUCAUUGCUGGAUGCGCACAGAAUGGGUUUGUUGAUAAAGCGCUGGAGUUUUUUAAGCAAAUGCAAUUGGCGGGUAUAGAAGCAGACUCGUCAACCUUUGCCAGCAUCCUCCCAGCGUGUGCCAAGAUGGGAGCUUUGGAACAGGGCAUGGAAAUUCAUCAAAAACUAAUUGAGAGUGGGCUCUUGCCACAUGUAGUAGUUAUGACUGCUGUCAUUGACAUGUAUACAAAAUGUGGAAGCAUAGCGAAGGCACACAAAUUGUUCGACGAAAUGCCUCAACGGAGUGCAGUAUCAUGGACAACUAUUAUUACUGGGUAUGCGCAAAAUGGGCCUGUUCAUAAAGCCUUGGAGCUUUUCAACCAAAUGCAAUUGGCAGGUGAAAAGGUAAACUCGUCCACUUUUGUCAGUAUCCUCCCAGCUUGUGCCAAAAUGGGAGCUUUGGAACAUGGUAUGAAUGUCCAUGGGAAGAUAAUUGAAAGUGGGCUUUUGUCAAAUGAUGUAGUUGUGACUUCUCUGAUAAACAUGUAUGCGAAGUGUGCUAGCAUAAGUAAGGCGCGUGAAAUCUUUGACAAAAUGCAUAAGGCAAAUGUGUUCACAUGGACUGCAAUGAUUACGGGAUAUGCACAGAAUGGUUUUCUUGAUGAAGCACUAAGUCUUUUCAAAGAAAUGCCUAACCGAAAUGCAGUCUCAUGGAAUGCAGUUAUUGCUGGAUAUGCACAAAAUGGCCAAGUUGAAAAAGCUAUGGAGAUCUUUAAGCAAAUGCAAUUGACAGAUGUAAAGCCAGACAAAUUGACAUUUGCCAGUAUCCUGCCAGCAUGUUCCAAAAUUGGAGCUUUGAAACAAGGUAUGGAGUUCCAUCAAAAAAUAAUUGAAACGGGGUUUUUGUCCGAUGUAGUUGCAACUUCCCUGAUAGACAUGUAUGCCAAAUGUGGCAGCAUAAAGAAGUCACGUGAACUGUUUGACAGAAUAAAAAAUCCGGAUGUGGCUUCAUGGAACGCAAUGAUUUCAGGCUAUGCAAUGCACGGCCAUAGCCAGGACACCCUCAAACUCUUUGAACUGAUGAAGCACUCUCAAACUAAACCCAACUAUAUAAGCUUUGUUUGUAUUUUAUUCGCAUGCAGCCAUGCAGGUCUAGUGGAUGAUAGUUGUAAAUACUUCAAUCAGAUGAUUCAUUUUUAUUGCAUCAUACCUACAAUUGACCAUUAUGUAUGCAUGGUUGAUCUUCUUGGCCGUGCUAGCUGCUUUGAAGGAGCCUUAAACUUUAUCAUUAAAAUGCCAAUAAAACCUGAUUCAGUUGUGUGGAUGAGUUUGCUUGGUGCUUGUAGAUCACACAAGAAUUUACAUCUAGGAGAAUUUGUGGCAACGCUCCUUUUUGAGCUGGAUCAUAUAAAUACUGCACCUUAUGUUCUUCUGUCAAACAUUUAUGCAGAAAUAGGCAGAUGGGAUGAUGUUCGAAAUGUAAGGAAAUUGAUGAAAGACAGAGGUAUCAAAAAGAUACCUGGAUGUAGUUGGAUUGAAGUCCAUAAAAAAGUUCAUGUUUUUUGUGUAGGUGACAGAUCACACCCACAAACACAAGAGAUCUAUGCAAUGUUGGAGAAAUUGUCUUCGGAGCUGAAGGAGGCAGGGUAUGCUCCAGAUACAAAACCUGUGCUGAAUGAUGUGGAGGAUGAGGAGAAGGAAUUACUUCUCUGCCACCAUAGUGAGAAGUUAGCGAUUGCAUUCGGGUUGUUACACAUGUCCGCUGGAACAACUAUUAGAGUUGUCAAGAACCUUCGAGUAUGUGGAGACUGCCACACGGCAACCAAGUUUAUCUCCAAGAUUGUUGCAAGAGAAAUUAUUGUUAGAGAUUCCAACCGUUUCCAUCAUUUCAAGCAUGGACAUUGUUCUUGUGGAGAUUAUUGGUGAUUCUGAGAGUAGAAAGCUAUAAUCUUACAGUUGCACUGUAACAAGAUGCAUGGUCACAUUUGCAGUGGAAGACUUUACAGUCCUGGACUGAAAAGCUGGAGGAGGUUGAAGAAUGGGGAACAUGGAAAGAGUGGAAUGUGUGAAGCCUUGAAGGAAAUGAAAGCUGCACUGCUAGCAGGAAAUGUGAUUGUCAGAAGCAAGUGAUGUGUUAUGAGGCAAGAGAAGGCACAAAAACCUAGUGUAUGCUGAUGACUUCCUAAUGUUUUAAUGCAUGAAAAAUCAGUUUUGAGACACAGUUGAAAUAUUGACACAGCAAAGUGGAGCAGAUGACAAACAAUGCCUAUAUCUUUUGACGGAUUUUGCUGCACUGUUUCACCAAAUGCAUCAAAAAAGUGUCCAACCCAAUUAGUUCACUUUCGCCACCAUACUUCUAGUCUAUGCCAAAACAAGAGGUUUUGAAUAGGGAAUGAGCAUUUAUGAAAGCAUAAUGGAAAAAUGGGCUCUUGUUGGAUGUUAUAGUUACCACUGCCUUAAGACAAAUGUAUAUAAAAUGUGGAAGCAUGCACAAGGCACAUCAACUGUUUCACAAAAUGACAGAGAGAUUUAGUCUCAUGGAAAUGCAAUUAUUGCAGGAUAUGCACGGAAUGAAUUUGUUUAAAAAGGAUUUAGAAACUUAUAAGCAAAUGCACUUGGCAAGCAUAAAGCCAGUCUCCACAAUAAUCUUUGCCAGCGUUCUUCCAGCCUGUUCUAGUGCCCAGCAUGAGAGAUUUGUAAGAGGCCAUUGACAUACACCAAAGUAUAAUAGAAAGUGUUUUGUCUCAGAUGUUAUAGUUGCAAGCGCCUUGACAGAUAUGCAUGCAAUAUGUGGAAGCAUGACAAAAGUCAUGAUCUGUUUUAAAAAAUACCCCCAAAAAAUGUGGUCUCAUGGACUCUACGAUUACAGGACAUGCACAAAAUGGUGUUCUUGAU